AUGGAUAAGUUGGUGAGUGUAAAGAAGCCUCCUCGUCGAAUGUGUCCAAGGUGCCACUCUCACAAUACCAAGUUCUGUUACAUCGUCAACUCGUCUCAACCGCGCUACACCUGCAGGCAUUGUCGUCGAUCUUGGAUUCAUCGUUGGGCUUUAAGGAACAUACCGAUGGGUGGAGAAAGAGGCCGUAAAACCAAGCGACCAAAGAUAGAUCAACCAUCUGUUUCUCAGGUGAAUUCUGUUGAGAACCAUUUUGGUUCUUUGUCUGUUGUUCUGGCGCUUCCAGCUCCAAAUGCUCCACCAAUGGAUCGCAUGGAGGUCUCUGAUGGAUCAUUUUACCAAGGUUAUCACGAUGUUGGAUCCAAUGGCGCAAAUCAGGAGAAUCCAAACAAGAAUCUUAAUGCCAGCACUGAUCAAAUGAUCAAGAACAACAACGUCUGA